ACUACUAUGCCUGGAAUGAAACGAGACUGUGGUGGAGCAGCUGCUAUUUUGGGUGCCUUCAAAGCCACUGUAAAGCAAGGUUUUAAAGACAAUCUUCAUGCUGUUUUUUGUUUGGCUGAGAAUGCAGUCGGACCACGUGCCACGAGACCUGAUGACAUUCAUGUUCUUUACUCUGGAAAAACUGUGGAAAUCAAUAACACUGAUGCAGAAGGUAGACUGAUACUGGCUGAUGGAGUAGCUUAUGCGUGCAAAGAUCUUGGAGCCGACAUCAUACUUGAUAUGGCCACUCUUACUGGAGCUCAGGGAAUUGCUACAGGAAAGUAUCAUGCUGCUGUCCUUACCAAUAACGACGAAUGGGAAAAGGCGUGUGUUAAAGCUGGCAGGAACUGUGGAGACUUGGUCCAUCCUCUUGUGUAUUGCCCUGAGCUCCACUUCAGUGAAUUUACCUCUGCUGUAGCUGAUAUGAAAAACUCUGUGGCAGACCGAGACAAUACUCCAAGCUCCUGUGCUGGGCUCUUCAUUGCUUCUCACAUUGGCUUUGACUGGCCUGGAGUCUGGGUCCAUAUAGACAUCGCUGCACCUGUUCAUGCAGGUGAACGAGCUACUGGCUAUGGCGUGGCUUUGUUGCUGUCCCUGUUUGGAGGGGCAUCUGAAGACCCUUUGCUAAACAUGGUAUCCCCUCUCGGGUGCAAUGGAGACUCUCCCACUGAAGAUACGGAGAGGGAUUCCAAAAGGCGACGCCUGGUUUAACGCACCCCCAGCCCUAAGCGUCAGGGUGCGUGGGUUACCUCACUUUGCACUGAUUCAUUCUCAAGCAAUGAAAAUGUCAUACAUCAGAAAUUGCCAUUUUUUUUUACUAUGAUAAGAUUUAUUACUCGUUUCUGAUAAAAACUGCUUGAUUCCUUGGUUGUUUUUUUUAAAUUAUUGGUGCACACAGUUGCU